AAGCAGGUCAUAUCCAAAUUUCUGUCAAAAUUUUAAGUGAAUUAACACAAUUUCCGCGAGUGCAUCCGGUCUAAUUUCCAAAUUUGAGUCGCUAUUUUCCAUUUCAUUCAUUAACCGCUAGUGAUAAAAUAAAAACCAAAUACCGUUAGUGCAGUUUCGUGCGGUUUUGUAUAACUUUUUAAGGGAUAUUUUACAAACUGACUCUUAAUAAACCUCACACGAUGACAGACGAAGUAAAGGAAAGCAAGAGCAUGAGCAAUGGAUCGUGGGCAACCAAUGGAUUUCUAAACUAUCUGUGCGACUUCCGUAGACAAAACGAGAACUUGAGUUGGCUAGAAUUAGCCAAGGAGGGAGCCAAGUCCUGGGAGAGAAUUAGCGAGGAAGAGAGAAACUAUUACCGCAAUAUGUCUGGGAAUAAAGUUGGGAUCAUUGCCAUGUCAAUGGAUGCUAAGCAAUCUGAAGUAAUCAAUGGGAUUUGUAACAAUCCCAUGGUCACAGAACGCGCUAUAGGAUCCGUAUCUUGCAUGAAGCCAAAGAAAUCCCGCGCCAGGCCAAGGAAGAAUGCAGCAUGCGCAAAGCCAAAGAGGAUGACCCGUCCAAGACCGAAAAAGUCUGCUUGUGCUAGGCCUAAGAAGUCGGCUUGUGGCAACUCCAAGUGCAGCAAGCCUGGUCCUAUCACCAAUAAUGGCUAUUUGAACUUUGUUCGCGCAUUCCGCAAAAAGCACUGCGACCUGAAGCCGCAAGAACUGAUCAUGCAGGCAGCUAAGGCCUGGUCCAGGCUCCCGGAGGAGAGAAAGGAUCAUUACCGCCGCAUGGCCUGCAAGAUCACCCAGAGUGAGCGCCACAAACGUCGCCGCAUUUGUAAUCGCUGCUAGAAUCCUAUAACCCUGGGAGAGGGAGUCCCAGGCUCUAUUUUUUCUUUUUUGCCGUCAAUUUCGUAAAGCAAAAAAAUGUUUUGAUAAAAUACAAAAAUCUUUAUUCUACAAA